AAAGUGUAUUCAGCACAAUACGGUGCACGAUUUAAUCGAACUGUAGUCAACGGUUUCAGUCAAGGAUCCAUUGUGGUAGAUGCAGAGUUGAUAUUCAAUGAUGUCAUCUCACUACCAAAUACUAGUUCUGUGGCUGAAACUUUGGUGGCUGCUGCUUCCAGCUCUAAUUUCUCCCUCAGUGUCAACACAUCAUCUAUUGUUGCAACAAUUGUGUUGUCACCAACGCAAGCCCCUGCCACGACUUCAUUUUCAACAUCUAUCACCACAUCACCUCACAUUGCAACUUCAUCACCUCUCCGUGAAAGUGCACCACCAGUCAUGAUGACUUCACCGCCAAGUGGAUCAAUCAUGACAGCUUCACCUACAGUGCAUGCAACUCAACCAACCCUACACACCACACCAUCAUUGCCAGGUAAUGUGACAGCUCCCCAAGUGACUGCAACAUCUUCAGCGCCAACAAUUGCAACAAGUACUACUGUUUUGGAAGCAACAACAAUAGCCACCUCACCACCAGAGGCAAAGAUCAAGUUAGGAUUUAAAAUGGAGCAAAAUUUUAUAUCAGAACUUGGAAAUAAAUCCUCACCACAGUUCAAGAGUUUAUCAGACAAAGUUACAACAGCGCUGGAUGAUGUCUACACAAGGGAAUAUGGCAUACGCUUCAUUAAAUCUGUUGUCAGCUCUUUCAGUUAG